AUGACCACAAAAUAUGCUCGCGGGCUUAACAACAAUCCGGCCCGUGGCAAGAAGCUCAAUACUCUACCGCUGACAGAAUCUGCCAUACCAGAGCUUUCUCUCCUGCAUCUCCCCGCAACCGUGUUCCAAGCAUACAUCAAUCGUCCCACGGGCUGCACACUCGGCUCGUAUGGCCCAUGGUCAUUCAUGCCUCCUGGACGCGCACGCCAAGCGCUGACCGUCGGUCUUACGUCUCUCAUAUCUCUCGUGGCAUCAGCCCCUCCGGGCUUCCCCACAUCCGGUAACGGGCUCUGGUACACCUCGCCUGGGGCCAGUGAUGCAUGGUCAACUGAAUGGCUGCCAAUUGGCAAUGGUUAUCUUGCAGCCACGAUGCCUGGAGAGACUAUUCAGGAGACGAUGCACGUGAAUGUCGAAUCUCUGUGGUCAGGGGGACCGAUGCAGGAUCCAAGCUAUAACGGUGGCAACAUGUUGCCGUCCCAGCAGUCCACUAUGGCGGAGGAUAUGCAAGCCUAUCGGCAAGCGAUCUUCGCGAGCGCCAACGGAACUAUUAACAACAUUGAGGAGUUGAUGACCCCAGCAGGGGCUUAUGCGCGCGUGCGGGCUUCCUCCGGCUCAUCGAUCUCCUGUAUCCCGAACGGCGUCAACGCGACCCUGUCCGUGGAGGGUGCGGGCGAGGCGUGGAUUACAUGGGUGGGCGGCACGAAUUACGACAUGUACACUGGGAACGCGGCCAACGACUUCUCCUUUGCCGGCACAGACCCUCAUGCGUCCCUUGUCUCCCUCAUCUCUGCCGCAACUGAACCUUCCGUGUCGUACGCAGCGCUUUUCAAUACUCAUGUCGCCGACUACGCGGGGCUCAUGUCGCCAUUCUCCUUGUCCCUCGGGCAGACACCUGACUUCGCAACGCCCACAGACCAGCUCGUUGCGGCGUAUCAAACGAACGUUGGAAAUCCAUACUUGGAAUGGGUGCUCUUCAACUACGGCGCUUUUGCGACCUUCGUGCGAGCCGCAGUAAAAUUUAAACUUGUGCCUUCUUCGCAGAUUACCAAUACAUGGGCGCCACGGGGCGCCGAGACUGCGCAGAUUUUAUACAAUAUUUCUCGCGGCUGGGUGACGCAUGAUGAGAUGAAUGUACGUAGCUUGAAUAUUAUUCUGCGUAUGUCGACCUCAAGGUUUACCCAACCGAAGAUUUUCGGACACACGGGCAUGAAGCUGAGCGGCAACUCCGCUCAAUGGGCCGAUUACCCUGGUGAGAACCCACGCUUCUAUCGCUCGAUGAUCCACGUGUGGGACCACUUCGAUUACACUAACAACGUAAUGUGGUUCAAGGAGCAGGGCUGGCCUCUGCUCAAGGGAGUGGCACAAUUCCAUCUGGACAAGCUCAUUGCCGACCUGCAUUUCAACGACUCUACGCUCGUUACCAACCCGUGCAACUCACCUGAACAGGCCCCCAUCACGUUCGUAUUCCUCAGGACCAAGACCGUCACUACUUAUGCGGGGUACACGUCAGAGGUACAAGAGAAGCAAACACAGAUGGACAAAGGCAUUCAUAUCGGGUCAUGGGGACAACUGCAAGGUAUAUCCACCCGAUCACCUCACGCUGGCGCGACUAACCUCGCACUAUCGCCCAAUUGCAAAGAAUGGAAGGUCGACAUGGACUCGCCGACGGACACUCACCGUCACUUGUCGCACCUGAUCGGGCUGUACCCGGGCUAUGCGAUCACCUCGUACGACCCGGCCGUCCAGAACGGCAGCAUGUAUGGAUAUAGCAGGAGCGACGUACUCGCCGCGGCGGAGGUGAGCCUGUUCCAUCGCGGCAACGGGACGGGCCCGGAUGCGGACGCGGGCUGGGAGAAGGUAUGGCGGGCCGCGUGUUGGGCGCAGCUCGCGAACGCCAGCGAGUUCUAUUUCGAGUUGACAUACGCGGUCGAACGGAAUUUCGCGUCGAACUUAUUCGAUAUCUAUACACCCAAUUCUGGGCCGGACGGCGUGUUCCAAAUAGAUGCCAACUUCGGGUACCCCGCUGCAUUGUUGGCCCCAGACGUUGCAUCAUACUCUACUCCCCUCGUCGUGACUGUCCUGCCGGCUCUACCUGCUGCUUGGCCGUCCGGCUCCAUCAAAGGCGCGCGUCUACGGGGAGGUCUUACGUUGGAUCUGGAGUGGGCAAAUGGAAAGCCUACAGCGCUCACCAUUACGGUGGACCAAAAUGUGGUCGCGCGGCCCGUGGAGAUUGUGUAUAGCGCCGGCACUGUCGCUUCAUUCACUACUUCGGGAGGGCUUACCAAAGCUGUUGGAUUCUGA